AUGUCUAAUGUAGCCCCUACAGUCGUUCGACAAGCUUUCAGAACCUGCUCUCGCAGACCUUCAUAUCAAACACAUCCUUCCGCCACCUCGCGCAUCACAUCAUGCAUCGCCUCUCGAUCACAGGGACGUCGGUCCUACGUUUCCGAGUCGAAACCAGCACAAGCGACCGUUAACAUUGAGACCACAAUCAAAGCAGAUCAAAGAGCGUUCCUUAAUCAGACCGGCAAGCGACCUCAAGAUGAGAUAAUGCCAACAACUGGCAUGAGUGCAGACGCAAUGAUGAGUCCAGCAGCGGGUACGACAUCAGAUUGCUUCAUCAAAUUUGCCUUGUACGCUGACAGCUUGUGCUUAGGUAUACUCAAGCAAGCCACGGUGAUGGAUGAAGGCACUAGGCCAAUAUACCUUGACAUGCAAGCAACAACGCCAUUAGACCCACGUGUAUUGGAUGCUAUGCUCCCGUUUUAUACCGGCCUGUAUGGUAAUCCUCAUUCCCGAACUCACGCAUACGGAUGGGAGACAGAUAAGGCCGUCGAACAGGCCCGAGAACAUAUUGCUAAUCUCAUCGGCGCUGAUCCAAAAGAAAUCAUAUUCACUAGUGGCGCAACCGAGAGCAACAACAUGAGUAUCAAAGGUGUGGCACGCUUCUUUGGUCGUGGAGGCAAGAAGAAGCACAUCAUUACCACACAAACGGAACACAAGUGUGUACUUGACAGCUGUCGUCACCUUCAAGAUGAAGGCUUCGACAUCACUUAUCUUCCCGUCCAAAAUAAUGGCUUCGUCAAUAUGGAACAGCUGGAAGCAGCUAUUCGACCUGACACUGCACUCGUCAGUAUCAUGACCGUUAACAACGAAAUUGGCGUUAUCCAGCCUGUCGACGAGAUUGGGAAGCUCUGUCGGUCGAAGAAGAUCUUCUUCCAUACAGAUGCUGCUCAAGCCGUUGGCAAAAUCCCAAUCGAUGUUAACAAGAUGAAUGUAGAUCUCAUGUCCAUAUCUGGCCAUAAAAUCUAUGGUCCCAAGGGGAUCGGUGCGUGCUAUGUUCGUCGACGACCACGUGUCAGACUCGAUCCCAUCAUCAGCGGUGGUGGUCAGGAGAGAGGUUUGAGGAGUGGAACUUUGGCUCCACCUCUUAUCAUUGGCUUUGGAGAGGCUGCCAGAAUUUGCAGCGAAGAAAUGGAGUACGACUCCCGCCGGAUCAAGAAGCUAUCCGAUCGCCUACUGAAGGAACUUCUUGCUCUCGAACACACCAGUCAGAAUGGUGAUCCUCAACACCGUUAUCCUGGUUGUGUAAACGUAUCUUUUGCCUACGUCGAAGGCGAAUCACUUCUUAUGGCCCUAAAAGACAUUGCUCUGUCAUCCGGUAGCGCGUGUACCUCCGCUUCACUAGAGCCCAGCUAUGUGCUUCGCGCAUUGGGUAACAGCGAUGAAAGUGCUCAUAGCAGCAUACGUUUUGGAAUCGGACGAUUCACUACGGACGCCGAGAUUGAUUAUGUGCUGGACGCAGUGAGGAAGCGAGUGACUUUCUUGAGAGAGCUCAGCCCAUUGUGGGAACUUGUCCAAGAAGGCGUUGACUUGAAUACCAUUCAAUGGAGUCAGCAUUAA